ACUUAAACUACUUCUCUUUAACCACAUAUAGACGUCUACCUUUUCUACGUACAUCUGGCUUGUUUGGUCUAUACCGGUCUUAGCUAGGUAUAUUUCUCUCGGAACGUUGUCAUUUGUAGUUGGUUACAAAGAGUAAAGGUCACUUUCCAGUACGAUUCCUUCGUUUUAUACUUGUGUUAACAUCCUACUGAAAUCUCACUCAUUAUACCUUAUCUUGUAUGAUUUCGUACUUCAUGACGAAUCCGGAGAAAAAGGAGACGCGGACUUGGAUGAUCCGCUGUCUGAAGAACCGCAAAAGUCGCCCAGUCGAUACUGAAAUCAACGCCGGCACCGUCACUGUCUGUUGGAACGGACCAAAGGACGGAGCUAGGCCACGAAAUUGGUCGCCGGUCAGGAAGUGGGCUAUUGUCAUCACUAAUUCUUUGGCUACAUUUAUGGUAUCCUUCUCAAGCAGCGUAUUCAGCGGCUUUAUCAUACAGGUUCAGGCAGAACUAGAAAUGUCGGCCGACGUUUCACUUCUAGGCAUUAGUCUGUAUGUCCUAGGCUUUUCAGUCGGCCCUAUGGUUUGGGGUCCGGCCUCUGAACUGUAUGGUAAGACACGGCCGCUGUGGGCUGGAUACGUGUUCUUCUGCAUCUUUCAAGCUGUUUCCGCUGUGUCACGGUCCGCUCCGUCACUUCUCAUCUCCAGGCUACUUCAGGCCAUCGCAGGGUCUUCUACCCUGGCCAUUAUGAGCGGCAUGUUUGUGGAUUUCCUCACGGAACCCACGUCACGUGGCAUUGCGACGGCCAUUUUUAGUCUGGCAGUCUUUUGCGGCCCCGCGGCGGGUCCCAUCGUUGGUAACGUUGUAACAGCGCACCUGGGAUGGCGAUGGGCCAUCUGGAUCACACUGAUCAGCUCAGUUGGUGUUGGAAUCUCUGCCUUUCUUAUUACACCAGAGACGUCGGAGACUAUCAUACUACGGCGUAUGGCACAGAGACUUCGUAAGGAAACGGGAAACGAAGCAAUCUCUGCGCCUGGCCAAGAGUACGAAUACAGCCUGUCAGUGUUUGCAGAUAAGUACCUGACAAAACCACUGCGAAUGUUUGGUUCUGAGCCCAUCCUUGUGAUGGUGACAAUCUAUAUGAGCUUUGUUUAUGGCAUCAUCUACUUGACUUUUGAGCUGUAUCCCCAGGCUUUUGUUGUCGCUCGGGGCUGGUCGCUUGUCGACGCGAGCCUGGCCUUUUUAGGCAUCUUGGCUGGCGUGAUUGUUGCAUGCAUCGCUCUAGGAGCACACAGCAUUUGCCAUGUCGGGCCUCGUUUCGCCGAGACAGGAGAACAUGUGCCGGAAAGGCGGCUACCGCCUAUGAUGUUGGGCUCUGUCAUCUUGCCUAUAGGGACUUUCUGGUUCUCGUGGACUUCAUUCCCUGAAGUGUCAGCGGUCGCUCAGAUCUGUUCCGGCGUGCUAAUCGGAGCCGGCGCCAUUUUGAGUUUCAUGUCAGGCGUUCUUUAUCUGACUGAGGUUUAUCUCCAGCAUGCUAAUAGCGCUUUGGCUAUAAAUAAUUUCAUUCGGUCUUUAUUUGCAGCCGGGUUUCCGUACUUAGGAAAGCUGUUAAUAGUCCGCUUGGGUAUCAGUGUCGGUGGCUCCAUCCUGGGAGGAAUAUGUUUUGCCCUAAUGCCAGUUUCAGUUGUACUUUGGAAAUUCGGCAACAUUAUCCGUCAAUGGUCUAAAUAUGCGUAUCAGGAGUAAACACUAUAUAAUAC